AUGAACCCCAAAUCACUCUAUAAAGAAACAAACGAGCUGUACACACCCAUCCGCGAAGCAGGCAAAGGCACAUGUGGAAGCAUCACGUUCUGUGUAUGCACACCGUCACCCGCAAGCCCUUCCACGACUGACUCCAUGGCGCAAAGUGCAGUCCUUAUCGCUGUCAAAAUACCCACUCGGGAGAUGCGUCGCGACAGAAUAGCCGAUGAGAUCAUCGCACUCGAACGCGUCCGCAACUUACUCGUCGCCGAUAAAAACGAAACUGUCAGGAAGCAUCUUCCCAUCCUCAUCGACAACGACCCGAUCAAGAACGGCGGAUCGGGCUGGCUGGCCAUGAGUCCCAUCUGCGGAUUCGAUCUUGAGCGGCUUCGAGUCGUGGUCACCGAGAUGGUUCAGCCCUCAUCAGAAAUCGACCUUCCUCGCCGUUUUCCCUUCCCCGCGAUACCGGAGGUACUCGUACUGCACGUCGCAAAGCAGUUAACGGAAGCGAUCGGCUGGCUACAUGACGUCGCCAACAUUUCUCAUAACGACGUUUUUGGCGGGAAUGUAAUGCUCAACAUAUCCGUCUCAAGCAAAGGACCCUCGUUUACAUUACCGACCGUUGUCUUGAUCGAUUUCGACCGCGCAAUCCUGGAACCCGACAAGAUGGCAAAAGGAGCCGACCGCUCAUAUACUUAUGAGCUUAUACACAUGCUCGACGAUUCAGGCCGAGUGUUGUCACAAGAGACAAACGCAUGGGAAGACGUGAUUGCGCCGAAGGAUGCGAUAACCUGGUGGGAUGCGUUCAGGAACUUCCUCGUCAUUAACAAGAGUCAAUAUCGCCAGGAUGGGUCAGCGAGUUUCGCGAAGUUCUGGGAGCGGUUUGGCGAAGAAAUAGAUCGCCGGCUGGGGAACACCACUCAAGAGGAUCAGAGACGGGUGCAAGAGCUGAUCGAUAUGGUUGUUGAGAAGGAGGUUAGGUUUCCAAGCGAUGAGAGGAUUAGGGAGGUGCUGGGGGAGUAG